GCCGGCGGCCUGGGCCGCGGUCCUGGCAGGAGCCGGUGAACCUCACGCGCCGUGCAGUGCGCUGGCUGUCCGGGAGAUGGCUUCUCCCCGCUCGCCCGCCGCUCGCGCUAUUGUCUCACCCGGGGCUGCCUGACUGCGAGCUCGUGCACGCUCCCGGCAGACAGCACGGGGCCCCCGGACCAGCCCCAACGCCCGUCGCUUGCCCGUGUGUCCCCUGCUGCAGGGAUUCCAGUGCCGGCGCGGUGCGGGAGAGGGGAACAGGCGACACUGAACAUCACGCAGGGGCUGGAGCCGCCUGGAGCCUUCCCGAGCGAGCCGGGUCGGCGGAGCCCUAGACACCCAGCCACGACAGUCAGGGUGUCGCGGCAGAACCCGCGGCCAGCGCAGGUCCCAAGACAACAUGUACCUGCCAUCCAGGCCUGACACUGGCAGGAAGUAGACGGCUUCGUCGUCUCCUGUGCCCCCACCCUCAUCAUGUCUUCGACUCAGGGCAAUGGGGAGCACUGGAAGUCCCUGGAGUCGGUGGGCAUCAGCCGCAAAGAGCUGGCUAUGGCUGAAGCCCUGCAGAUGGAAUAUGACGCUCUGUCCCGGCUCCGACACCACAAGGAGGAGAGCAGAGCCAAGCAGAACACAGAACCCUCUCUUAUCAGCUGGGAUGAGCCAGCCUUCUACAGCAAGCCAGCAGGCAGGCAGUCCGAUCUCAAGCUCUUGCGUGGUCUUUCUGGCUCUGAUCCCACCCUAAAUUACAACUCCAUCUCCCCACCAGAAGAGCUUCCCAACUCUACCUCCCAGGAUCCACAGCCUGGCCCAGACCCCUGGACCAAGGGCUCCUUGUCUGGAGACUAUCUCUAUAUUUUUGAUGGCUCAGAUGGGAGAUGCUCUUUGUCUCCAGGAUCAGGUGACACAGGUGGCUCUUGUAAGAAACUGUCCCCACCUCCUCUCCCUCCUCGGGUCUCUAUCUGGGAUGCCCCUCCCUUGCCUCCUAGAAAAGGAUCUCCCUCACACUCCAAGAUCUCUCAGCCUAAUGACGUCAACAGUCUCUCUUUGGCGGAACAGUCAUCUGACAAACUGCUAGGGGCCCAGGACACAGAAGAGGGACAGCGACACAUGCUGGGGUCUGUGGACUACGAUGGCAUCAACGAUGCAAUUACCAGGCUCAACUUGAAGUCCACUUACGACUCGGAGAUAUCGUCUGAUGCUACCAGGGGCUGGAAGGAGGGCCGAGGGCCCCUGGACUUCAACAAGGACACCUCUGGGAAACCUGUGGCCCGGAGCAAGACGAUGCCCCCUCAGGUGCCCCCUCGAACCUAUACUUCUCGCUAUGCCAACCGAAAAAAUGCAACGCCGGGCAAGAACCGCCGGAUUUCUGCUGCUCCGGUGGGCUCCCGGCCCCACACUGUCGCCAAUGGCCACGAAUUAUUUGAGGUCUCAGAGGAGAGAGAUGAGGAAGUUGCUGCAUUCUGCCACAUGCUGGAUAUCCUUCGAACGGGCUCUGAUAUCCAGGACUAUUCCCUCACUGGUUGUGUCUGGAGCACUGUCACCCCGAGCCCAGAGCACCUUGGGGAUGAGGUCAACCUGAAAGUGACUGUGUUAUGUGACAGUCUUCGGGAGCCACUCACCUUUACCUGCAACUGUUCCUCGACUGUGGACUUGCUCAUCUACCAGACUCUCUGCUACACCCAUGAUGAACUGAGGGAAGUAGACGUGGGCGACUUUGUGCUGAAGCCCUGUGGGCUGGAGGAGUUCUUGCAAAACAAGCAUGCCUUGGGAAGCCAUGAGUAUAUCCAAUAUUGCCGCAAGUUUGACAUCAACAUCCGGCUACAGCUGAUGGAGCAGAAGGCUAUCCGGAGCGACCUGGCCCGGACGGUGAAUGAUGACCAGAGCCCUUCCACCUUGAACUACUUCAUUCAUCUCCAAGAGAGGCCAGUCAAGCAGACCAUUAGCAGGCAGGCCUUGAGUCUUCUGUUUGACACUUACCACAAUGAGGUGGAUGCCUUCCUGCUGGCUGACGGGGAUUUCCCACUGAAGGCUGACCGGGUGGUCCAGUCUGUCAAGGCCAUCUGCAAUGCUCUGGCUGCUGUGGAGACUCCUGAGAUCACGGGCGCUCUCAACCAGCUGCCUCCCUGCCCCUCACGCAUGCAGCCGAAAAUCCAGAAGGAUCCCAACGUGUUGGCUGUGAGGGAAAACCGAGAGAAGGUGGUAGAAGCCUUGACAGCGGCCAUCUUGGACUUGGUGGAGCUGUACUGUAAUACAUUUAACGCAGACUUCCAGACAGCGGUGCCUGGGAGCCGAAAGCAUGAUUUGGUUCAAGAGGCCUGCCACUUCUCUGGAGCCCUGGCCUUCACUGUCUAUGGCACUCACCGGAUUCCCAUCAUCUGGGCUACCAGCUAUGAAGAUUUCUACCUCUCGUGUUCCCUCAGCCAUGGUGGCAAGGAACUUUGCAGCCCCCUGCAGACCCGACGGGUUCACUUCUCCAAGUAUCUGUUCCACCUCAUCGUCUGGGACCAGCAGAUCUGCUUUCCGGUGCAGGUGAACAGGCUGCCUCGGGAGACUCUGCUGUGUGCCACACUCUAUGCCCUGCCCAUUCCCCCUCCUGGGGGUUCCUCCGAAGCUAAUAAGCAGAAGCGGGUGCCUGAAGCUCUGGGCUGGGUCACUACCCCUCUCUUCAACUUCAGGCAAGUCUUGACUUGUGGCCGAAAGCUUCUGGGCUUGUGGCCAGCAACACAGGAAAACUCCAGUGCCCGUUGGAGUGCACCUAAUUUCCACCAGCCAGACAGUGUCAUCCUGCAGAUUGACUUCCCCACCUCGGCCUUUGACAUCAAGUUCACCAGCCCCCCUGGAGACAAGUUCAGCCCCCGCUAUGAGUUUGGCAGUCUCCGGGAGGAGGACCAGCGCAAACUUAAAGACAUUACGCAGAAGGAGUCCCUAUACUGGCUCACUGAUGCUGACAAGAAGCAGCUGUGGGAGAAGCGCUAUUACUGCCACACUGAGGUGAGCUCGCUCCCCUUGGUGCUCGCCAGUGCACCCAGCUGGGAGUGGGCUUGCCUGCCGGACAUCUAUGCUCUCCUGCAACAGUGGACUCACAUGAACCACCAGGAUGCCCUGGGACUCCUGCAUGCCACCUUUCCGGACCAGGAGGUGCGGCGGAUGGCCGUGCAGUGGAUCGGCUCCCUCUCAGAUGCUGAACUGCUGGACUACCUGCCCCAGCUAGUACAGGCCCUGAAGUAUGAGUGCUACCUGGAUAGCCCCUUGGUGCGCUUUCUCCUGAAGCGAGCCAUCUCUGACCUGCGAGUGACCCACUACUUCUUCUGGUUACUGAAGGAUAGCCUCAAGGACUCUCAGUUCAGCAUUCGCUACCAAUACCUGCUAGCAGCCCUGCUGUGUUGCUGUGGCAAGGGACUGAGGGAAGAGUUUAACCGCCAGUGCUGGCUUGUCAACACCCUGGCCAAACUCGCCCAGCAGGUCCGAGAGGCCACCCCAUCUGCACGCCAGGGCAUCCUUCGUAAGGGCUUGGAGGAGGUGGAACAGUUCUUUGCCCUCAAUGGUUCGUGCCGUUUGCCGCUUAGUCCCAGUCUGCUGGUGAAGGGCAUCGUGCCCAGGGACUGUUCCUACUUCAACUCCAAUGCAGUUCCCCUCAAGCUUGCCUUCCAAAAUGUGGACCCCCUGGGGGAGAACAUCAGAGUCAUCUUCAAGUGUGGGGAUGACCUUCGCCAGGACAUGCUCACCCUGCAGAUGAUUCGAAUCAUGAGCAAGAUCUGGGUGCAGGAGGGGCUGGAUAUGCGCAUGGUCAUUUUCCGCUGCUUCUCCACUGGCCGAGGAAAAGGGAUGGUAGAGAUGAUUCCCAACGCUGAAACACUUCGAAAGAUCCAGGUGGAGCAUGGGGUAACAGGCUCCUUCAAGGACCGUCCCUUGGCUGACUGGCUACAGAAACACAACCCCGGGGAGGAUGAAUAUGAAAAGGCUGUGGAGAACUUCAUCUACUCUUGUGCCGGCUGCUGUGUAGCUACAUAUAUCCUGGGCAUCUGUGACAGACACAACGACAACAUCAUGCUAAAGACCACGGGCCACAUGUUCCAUAUAGAUUUUGGCCGCUUCCUGGGCCAUGCACAGAUGUUCGGUAAUAUCAAGAGGGACCGUGCCCCGUUUGUCUUCACCUCAGACAUGGCCUAUGUCAUCAACGGGGGUGACAAGCCUUCCAGCCGCUUCCAUGAUUUUGUUGACCUUUGCUGCCAAGCCUACAACCUCAUUCGCAAGCACACCCACCUCUUCCUCAACCUUCUGGGCCUGAUGUUGUCCUGUGGAAUCCCCGAACUCUCAGACCUGGAGGACCUCAAGUAUGUGUAUGAUGCCCUGAGACCUCAGGACACAGAGGCCAAUGCCACCACCUACUUCACAAGGUUGAUUGAGUCCAGCCUGGGCAGCGUAGCCACAAAACUCAACUUUUUCAUCCAUAACCUGGCUCAGAUGAAGUUCACAGGCUCAGAUGACCGGCUGACUCUUUCCUUUGCUCCCCGAACACAUACUCUCAAGAGCUCUGGCCGCAUCCGUGAUGUCUUUCUCUGCCGACAUGAGAAGGUCUUCCACCCCAGCAAGGGCUAUAUAUAUGUGGUGAAGGUGAUGCGAGAGAAUGCUCACGAGGCAACGUACAUCCAGAGGACAUUCGAGGAGUUCCAGGAACUGCACAACAAGCUGCGUCUGCUCUUCCCAUCUUCCUUCCUGCCCAGCUUCCCUAGUCGGUUUGUGAUUGGCCGCUCCCGGGGAGAGGCGGUGGCUGAGAGGCGGAAGGAGGAGCUAAAUGGCUACAUCUGGCACUUGAUUCACGCAGCCCCUGAAGUGGCUGAGUGUGAUCUGGUGUAUACUUUCUUCCAUCCCCUGCCUCGAGAUGAAAAGGCUUCAGGCCCCAGCCCAGCUCCGAAGUCCUCAGAUGGGACAUGGGCCCGGCCGGUUGGGAAGGUCGGUGGGGAGGUGAAGCUGUCCAUCUCCUACAAAAACAACAAACUCUUCAUCAUGGUGAUGCAUAUUCGGGGCUUGCAGCCGCUCCAGGAUGGCAAUGACCCUGACCCCUAUGUAAAGAUUUACCUCCUUCCUGACCCUCAGAAAACCACAAAGAGGAAAACCAAAGUGGCCCGGAAAACCUGCAACCCUACCUACAAUGAGAUGUUGGUGUAUGAUGCGAUCCCCAAGGGAGACCUACAGCAGCGGGAGCUCCAGCUGAGUGUGCUAAGUGAGCAAGGAUUUUGGGAGAACGUGCUUCUUGGGGAGGUGCACAUCCGCCUUCGGGAGCUGGACCUGGCCCAGGAGAAGACCGGCUGGUUUGCACUGGGAUCUCGAGGUCUUGGAACCUAA